AAAGGGGAACAAGGCGUUAGAGGAGAAACUUUAUUUGUUGUAUAUGGUAGGCAUUAAAGAAUUUGGGUAUCAACUCAAAUCUGAUAGGAAUGUUCAUCUGAUUGCCAGACACGUUUUUAACACUUUACGUGUCCACAAUCUCGGCUAGCUAUACUACAGCCAUAGUCUUCUUUUAAGGGCAAGCAUAAUGCAUAUGAUAAUAGUUAUUCUGGUAAUACUGUUUGUAACUACUUCAGGUAUCCAAGCGGUAUCAUCCAAAGUAAACGUUACAUGUGGUGAUUACAAGACAAAUAAGCCGGCGAUACUGACCUAUACCGGUGAUGCUAAAGCUGUCUUUAGCUAUGACCCUACAGGCAAAAUCUGGCCAUACGAACAAGAUGUCUCCACCGCAACCUUUUCACUGGCUGUUUACUAUAAACCGAGUACAGAACACUGUUACUUUGUGAGAACAUCGCCAUUGCGGGAUGCUUUCUGUAUACGCAUAGAAACACGGAAGAUGCAUGAACUGUUUGAAAGUGACCAAGAUGAAAGUUUUCUCGUUGAGUGUGCCUACAUGGCCUAUAAGGAUAACGUUACAACUAAUCUCGACCUCCUACAACCGUUUAAGCCUAUGGAUACAAUGUUAUUUAAUAAGGGUAUUAAGUCGUCGUCAAACUUCACUGUUAAAAUGAUAGAUGUUCGGUCGAGAAUUAUUAAAGGUUCUAUACCAGAAAAUCAUGUUGUUAAAAUCUGGGCACAUAUGGAGCAAGCAAAACUUGAAACCGGAUUCGUUCCGUUAGAAUGUAUGGCUGUAUCUCUAGAUGGUAAAGUUAAAAUGACAAUUUUAGCCGAUGGGUGUGGAACGGGAUUUCCGUGGAAAAACAACGAGGGGUUUAAACUGAAUGGUACUGAUGGUGAAAGUCCCUAUUUCCGAGCCUUUAAAUUUGCGAGAGGUUCGGGUAUGAGAUUCAGAUGCGCCUUUGUUUCCUGUGUAGGCAAGUGUGACACGAACUCGUGUGGGAAAGCCAAUGACGCUCUAAGAUCUAAACGGAGUAUGGAUGGUGUACAGUUUGAUAAGUUUGGGUUAAUUACUCCAGAGAGCAAGGGUGUAAUAAGAGUUGAAGGGUAUUUGGCUAUACAUGACUCAGAUUCCACGAAAUUAAUUGGAGUGUCGACCAACCAGCUGCAUGAUUCUAGACGCGCAUUGUACCUGAUAAAUAGUCGUAUACUAAUUACAAUUUUAUUACUAGUAUUUGGUAUAAUACUCAUGGCGUCAAGCAUGAUAUGUAUUUAUAUGGUUUUGAAAGCUCGCCAUAAUCCACAAAUGAUCUUAGAUGUUAAGAAAUAAAUACUAUAAAUAUU